AUGUCUCCUUACCGUCUUGUUUAUGGGAAAGCAUGCCAUUUACCGGUUGAAUUAGAGCACAAGGCAUAUUGGGCUAUCAAGUUUUUGAAUUUUGAGAUGAAUAAGUGUGGUGAGAAGAGAAAGCUUGAUCUUUGUGAGCUAGAUGAGAUUAGAAUGGAGGCUUAUGAGAAUGCAAAGUUGUACAAAGAAAGAACAAAAGCCUUCCAUGACCAAAAACUCAAGACCAAGCACUUGGAAGUGGGUCAAUUAGUUCUUCUCUACAACUCAAGAUUGAAAUGGUUUCCGGGCAAGCUAACAUCAAGAUGGAUUGGACCAUUUGAGCACAUUGAAGUAUUCCCACAUAGAGCGGUGACUUUGAAGAACUUGAGGAAUGGUAAUACCUUUAAGGUGAAUGGGCAUCGAGUCAAGCCCUACUUGGUAAGUGCACCUAAGGAUACUCAUGAGGAGGUGAAGUUCUUUGCGGAUCCUCCAUCCAUUUGA